AUGGAAAGUGGAACAACUACAAUUUAUAUAUUAAACUACUCCAUUGAGCUCUCCAAAGCAAAAGAAGUGAAAAUGGAAAAGAAGAAUAGAAUUUCAGCUAUUUUGGCAAUAUUUAUUUUGGCCUUUGCCUCUCCAAUUGCUUCAGAUGUUUACCCUGAAUUCGUAAAGUGGCAUGUGUACAUUGUGAAUGGGCUAAGGAACAACCAAAACCUAUUAGCCCAUUGCAAAUCCGCAGAUGAUGAUUUGGGUGUCCGCAACCUAUCUCAAGGGUCCAAUUUCACUUGGAGUUUUAGGACAGAUUUCGCCCACUCAACACUAUUUUGGUGCCAUGUGAAGAAGGACAACAACAAUGCUUGUGAAAGUGCUACAUUUGAUGUUUUUUGGUACGAUGAACGUCUUUUUCAAAAGUGUGAUUGGAAGAAGUGCAUUUGGAGUGCUAGGGAUGACGGGAUUUACCUAACAAAUAUUCAUCAAAACGUUGAUGAUUUGUAUUAUUACUGGGAUGCUGGAGAGUGA